AACGCCCUAGGUCCUGGUUCCAGACCAGUAACGCAAUCAAUAAUCAAUACUUACUCGACAUUCGAAAACGCAAAUUAACUAUCUGCUCUGAUAUAGAUUUUUUUUUGUUUGUUUUAUAAUUCUACCAUUAAUUACUAAGAAAUAGUGAUUCGCGAUUCGCUAACUAAUUAUUAUGUCGGAAGAGCCUAUGAAUAACAAAAUUGUUAAAAACGAUAGGACCGAAGAUCGGGUACAAACUUGUGUGUUUUGCAAUAUAAUUUCUGCCAACGGAUCGAACAUACUUGAACCUCGCAGCAAUGAAUUUGUAGUCAUAAAAGACCUGAAGCCAGUAGCCACUCACCAUUUUUUAGUUUUGAGUCACAAACAUAUAGCAAGUUCCAAAAGCUUACAACCUUGUGAACAAGAUCGUAAUUUAAUCGAAAGCAUGGUUACUGCAGCAAAACAAAUACUAUUGAACAAUGGUUGUGAUUUGAAUGACACCAGAAUGGGUUUCCAUUGGCCUCCAUUUUAUUCAAUAGGACAUAUGCAUUUGCAUGUCAUCAGCCCUAUCAGUUCAAUGUCUGCAUUCAAUCGUUAUGUUGUAUUCAAUCCAAGUAUCAGUUACAUUUUUGUUGAUGUUGAUUAUAUUAAAAAACGGAUUGGCUGUAAAGAAAAAAAAGAAACAGAAGACCCAAGUACAGUCUAACAAGGUUAAAAUAUAAUAUUUUUAUAAAUAUUGAUUUAUAUAACUUUUUUCAAAUAAAUAACUCAGUAUUCCA